AUGAUUGACCACGUCCUCGGCCGACCGUCGACCAAGUCGCGGCGCCUCCAGGUGCUCGCCGUCUUGUCUUUUUGGACUGUGUAUCUCUACCGGGGUGACAGACAUGGACCGCCCGGCGCGCAGCGCCUCUCGCGCCUCUUUUCCAAAAGGCUGACGGCCUGGCAGACCGUUGCCCUGACCAUGCUAUACCUCUACGCUGCCCGCAACUUCAGCGCCCUCGUCGGUCUCGCGAGCCCCGAACCAAUGGCCAACAUGUACGACCCGACAUAUUUCCGCGCCACCUGGGUCCUGACCGCCCUCGAUGCUGGCUUUUGGACCGCCAUGAAGAUCAAAACCAGAUGGCUGCGUGAUAUCGCGAGCAUCGUCUUCUCCGUCUUCUAUCUCUUCGCUACCGAGCGGGCCGAUGAGAAGGUUCGGAAGGUUCGCGGCAUGAUCACCAUUGACCACCUCCGGGUGUCGUGGAAUAAGAGUACAACGCCUUAUCUAGGUUUCUUCCAGAGGCUGAUAGGCCCGCGGUUCACGAGGUGGCCGCCAAGACAAGUCCGUAUCCCCCGCCCCAAAGGGAGCGACUACAAGGAACCCGUCAUGGCUUGGCUCUAUUACGAUGGCCCUCUGGCACAACUGGAACACCACAAUAGAUUGGUGGUUGAUAUACCUGGAGGGGGAUUUGUGGCCAUGGAUCCGCGUUGUAAUGACGAUAAGCUGUUCGCAUGGGCAGCCAAGUCUGGCCUUCCUAUUCUAAGCCUGGACUACAGGAAAGCACCGGAAUACCCCUUCCCGUACGCUCUCAACGAGUGUUUCGAUGUAUACACGACCUUGAUCCAGACACGUGGUAGGUGCAUUGGCAUGUCGGGCCGCGAUGUGCCUAGAAUCAUCCUCACAGGUGAUAGCGCGGGAGGUAAUCUGGCAGUGGCGGCCACACUUAUGGUGUUGGAAACAGGUAGUGCGCAUAAAUUCCGGUGUCAUGACAGUGAUGAACUACCUCCUCCAGACGGGCUCGUUUGCUUUUAUCCUGCGUUGGAUAUGAACAUAGGCAACUGGAUGACAGAUGAGGAGCUGUCCUUGAUCCGUGAUCGUAACAUGAGAAAAACCAACAAAUCAGUCGUUCGACGCAAGAGUAGGGAGUAUAAUGAUCUGGUGGGCACGCCCCAUCACUCAGACGACGAGGAUGAGAAAUCUACAACCCCAGAGUUGGCGUCCGAUUCCGCCAUUGUCGAUGAUAGUGAAGCGGGAGGAAUGAGCGACCGGCCUGCACGAGGCUUAAAAGUUGGAGCUUCGCGUGCCCUGGACUCGCCCCAACAGGGAGCUGGGAUCAAGAGAACAAACAGUACCUCGCAUCAUCCAGAGCCGAUGAAGACAAGGCUGGCCACGUCCUCGAUGAUUUCAUACUUCAAUGAUAGGGUGUUGACCCCGGAAAUGAUGCGAGCGAUGAUCAUUCUCUACAUUGGGCCGCACAAUCGCCCGGAUUUUGGAUCAGAGUACCUACUAAGCCCUGUGCUGGCGCCCGACUCACUACUCGCCGACUUUCCUAAGACCUACUUUAUGACGGGAGAGAGAGACCCAUUGGUGGACGACACAGUCAUCCUAGCAGGCCGGAUACGUCGAGCAAAGGAGGCAGCGGCACGGCGCCGCAUGGAUCCCGGCAGUGCCAUGUCUCGGCAACCGUUGUCCGAAGAGGAGCUAAAAGAACUCGGCGCUGCAGAGGUGAUGCUGAUCCCCGGAACUUCGCAUGGUUUCAUGCAGUUUCCUGCAUUGUACCCACCAGCAUGGAGACACUUUGAAAGGUGUGCGGAGUGGUUUGAGCAACUGUUUGCCCACGCAGACAGCGCACGGCUACGGCGCGACCAGAGACGAGCGAGCGAAGCUGCUAACCAGAUGCGCCACUACAGUAUGGUGGAAUCUAGCGGUGAGGAGGACAAGCCUCUGGAGAUGACCAUGACCAAAAUUCGCGGGGGGCGCGGAUCGCUAGUUUCCGCGCAUGGGAGGCGGAAGCUAGAAAGGAGAGCUGCGAGUGGAGAGGCUGAACAGCUACAGAAUGGGAUGGGGCCAGAGGGGGAGCUGGGGGGAUCCGGCACUUCAAGCCCGAAGAAGGCGGCCACGGCGUUGCCGAAAACCAAUGGAAACUCAACAGGUGGCAGGAAGAGCGGCAGGAAGCCUCUUACAAAGGACAAGAGCCUGGUGAAGCUGGGUAGCUCGGAAGAUCUGCUUAUGCGGCGGAUGCAGGGCCUAACCAGUGGGCUCACAGGUAUGGGGGAUGAUGAUUGA